CUCACUACUUCCAGAUGGAUUUAACCGGGUGACACAUCAAUACGAUGCAGCCAACUAUCAAGUAUUGUUUUUCUACAAUAUAGCGCUUAGAUAGCCAGUUCAGGCCAACAAUACAGUAUAGUUUUGAACGACGGAGUGUACAAGCCACUGGAGACGAUUUCAAGUGAACAAUCGCGUUUUUGAAUGCGACACACUUUGACUGGAUUUAUAAAGUGUCGAGGACAACUGUGAUUUUACGCGUAACUAUGUAACUGAUUAAGAGAAAUCAAGUUGGUCAAUUUGUGGGUCCGAGGAGGGAAAUGAUCGUGUUUUGACAUAUCAGGUUGUGAUUUAGCAUACAUUUCUGGUGGAAGAAGCGUGUCUGUACUGUAUUUCUAAGUUGUGCGGUUGUCCCGGUCGGGCGCAGAGAGCGAGAGAUGUCAGCCCGCAGGAGCAGCAGCUCUUGUCGGUCACUCAGGACGAUUUUUCUCCUGCUGUUUGUCAACAUUGCCGGAGCAGCUGCUGAAGAUGAUGAAUUCAACGCUGAGUCCUGGCUAAGGACCUAUGGCUACCUGUCCCAGGCGAGCCGACAGAUGUCCACCAUGCAGUCAGCGCAGAUCCUUUCUAGUGCUAUUAAAGAUAUGCAACGCUUCUAUGGCUUGGAGGUUACCGGACUGAUGGACAUGGAUACUCUCAAAGCCAUGCGAAGACCUCGGUGUGGGGUGCCUGAUCGUUUUGAGGAGUCAACUGAAGGAGUCUCACGACGCAAACGUUUUGCCGUUACUGGUCACAAGUGGGACCAGGAAAAGCUCACCUACAGUAUCCAGAACCACUCACCAAAGGUUGGCCAGGAGCAGACGUACGAGGCUAUUCGCAGAGCCUUUCAGGUUUGGCAGGAGGUUACGCCUCUGCGGUUUGAGGAGGUCCCGUACCACGAGAUAAAAAAUGGAAGUGAAGGUCCUGACAUAAUACUGCUGUUCGCUUCUGGAUAUCACGGUGAUAUGUCUCUAUUCGAUGGGGAAGGAGGUUCUCUGGCACAUGCUUUUUUCCCCGGUCCCGGAAUGGGGGGAGACACACAUUUCGACGUAGACGAACCGUGGACCCUAAACCAACGGGAGGGCUCAGGAGUUGACUUGUUUCUGGUUGCGGUUCAUGAGUUGGGUCACGCGCUGGGGUUGGAGCACUCCAAUGACCCCUCCGCCAUUAUGGCGCCGUUCUACCAGUGGUUGGACACUAAACACUUCUCAUUGGCUGAGGAUGACAUCAAAGGCAUUCACCAGAUUUAUGGGCCUCCAGAGAUAAUCACCACUCAAGCAAUGACCACCACAGUCCUGCCAUCAACCACUCCUAAUCCAGAUCCCACCACCACGGUGGCCCAUCCGAGAACAACCAGGCCUUCGCUGCGACCCACCAAACCUUGGGUGCCUCCGGUUAAUCCCACCAGGAGGACCUACAGACCCCGGCCGACACAGCAAUCAGAUCAGGAUCCACCUGACAUAUGCGAGGGGGGCUUUGACACGGUCACCAUGCUUAGAGGGGAGAUGUUUGUCUUUAAGGGUCGGUGGUUCUGGAGGGUUAGGAGAAACCGCGUUUUGGAUAAUUAUCCAAUGCCUAUCUCCUUCUUCUGGAUGGGGCUUCCUGAGGACAUAGAUGCUGCAUAUGAACGUCACGAUGGGAAAUUUGUAUUCUUUAAAGGAAGUAAAUACUGGCUUUUUAGAGAAGCGGACGUGGAGCCUGGAUACCCUCAGGACUUGUUUCGUUAUGGUCAGGGAAUGCCUGACAGAGUGGACACGGCUGUGUGGUGGGAACCAUCUGGAUUUACCUACUUCUUUAAAGGAGACAGAUAUUGGCGGUUUAAUGAAGAAUCUCGUGCCGUGGAUAAAGAGUACCCUAAACCAGUGAGCGUUUGGGGGGCUGUCCCUAGCUCCCCAAAGGGGGUUUUUCUCAGCGAUGAUGGAGUCUUCACUUACUUCUACAAAGACACUAAAUACUGGAGAUUUGACAACAGGCGAAUGAAAGUAGAUGCUGGAUAUCCCAGAUCUAUCUUGAACGAUUUCAUGGGCUGCCGAGUGCACUUUGAUCCAGAAACAGACGUAAAGCCUGACCACAGGCAGCCAGAGACUACAAACAAAGAUCAAGAUGACUCCAAAAAUAAUGAGGAUGUUGUUGAGGAUCGUGAUGGAAGUGACGAUGAUGAUGAGAAAAAGGUAGACGUUGUUCUGAGGGUGAAUGAGACCGAUGAGCACAUCAUGACGCUCAUCUUGGUGACAGUGCCGCUAGUGCUGGUGCUCUGCAUUCUGGGAGUUAUCUAUGUCAUCAUCACAACGCUUCAGAAGAAAGAGACACCUAAAAUGUUUGUUCACUGCAAAAGGUCCCUGCAGCAAUGGGUCUGAUAGACUAACACACAUUAGCUCUGUUUCAGAACGUAGUGAGCUGCCUAUAGAGACGGCAAAUAUAAAUGCCACGUUGCUUUUAAAGAUUUAUUUGCCCAAAACUAAAGCACUUGGUUUAGACUUAAACUAACUUAAAUGUAGAUCCCUAUGAAGGCAGCAUAUAGCAAGGUCACUUACUAGUCUUUAAAACAGAGCUACUUUCACUGCCCUAUAGAUGAUAAGUAUGCAGAUGUGCUUUUUAUAAGAGAUACACUUUGUUUGUUCUUUUAUGGUGCUUGUCCAAUCAAACCUUUUGAAAAUUUGCACUUUUUAUGGUCAUUUCAUGUUGUGGUUCUUCUCUGUGUGUGUUUUCCUGUUGAGCCCGGACGUUUUUGGAUGUAUAAAAAGCUUAGAUCAGGAAAUUUUUUUCUUAUCCUCUGUAAAUGACGGAGGAAACCACAAAAUCUGCUUCAAGGUCUUGCAGACAGCAGAGGGUUAAACGAAAGCGAUGUUUAAUAAGUUGCCUCGCACACAUUUAAGAGGGUUUAUGAUCUGUUCCCCGUGGAGCCCGGCCUGGCUUGCAUUACACAGAUGUUGCUGAUUUUGGACUUUAUGUAAAGGAGGAAUAAGAGGGGGAUGGAGGCUUGAGCCAGCCAGCAUUUCCUCUGCUUGAUUUCCAUUGAACGUGCCAAAGAGAAAGAGGAGGAGAAUAAAACGAAGGCGUGACUUUACUGUCACCGUGACCUACAUUCGUUUACCCCUCAUGCUUUCUCCCCCUUCAAAGAAAAGUUUCUUUUCCUAUGGGACUCCACUAUGGGUUUCUUCGCCCGGCUCCAAGACAUCUCCCCCAACCCUAAAGUCUUUGUUUAUGAGAGUCAUUCCAGGAUUCGGGAUUCUGUCCAUCUGUGCCUUAAUAGUGCAGAUUAUCACCGCUGAACAGUUUUGGAAAUGCCCUGCUUUGUUUUUACUGACCAUGAGCCUAAGGAUUACCUUGCAGUUCCACAAACGUUCAGAUACAAUUGGCUUACAAUUUUUUUCUGAAGUUUUACAAGUUGCCUUUGAAGGGAUAGUUCACCCUUUGUUAUUAACUCUGCAUGUCAUUUCAAAUCAACAUUAUUGCAUUUUCCAUAAAAGAAAUAUAGUCAGGUUUUGAAAGAAAAGAAGAUAAAAUGCCAAGUUCGAUUUUGGGUGAACUAAUUUGUUUUAACGUAUCAAACCUGUGUCUUUUGUAUUGUCAAUAUGAAUGUGUUUUUUUAUCUAGUUCAGGUGUUUUAUUAAUGUAGCCCUUGGGAGUUAAGAAACUCUCACAUGACAAUUUUGUGUUUUAUUUGAUUUUAGACAUUUUAUAUUAACAGUUGAGUAAAUCAUGCAGGGCAUGUAUUGCUUUUGUCCACCAAUAUUAUCUGGUAUGUAGCUUGCUCAAUAAAAUACAGAUGCGUAUACAGA